GGGAACAAGCCAAAAGGACCGGAGGUAGGUGAGAAGAGGCCAUGGAACAUCCACCGAGCAGAUAAUCCUCGCGGGACCCUUGCGAAGUGUCUAAAUGUAGGCUGCAGAAGUCCUGAAGGUUGAUGGAGGGCCAUGCUAUUCAAACAGCAGGCGUGGCUCAGACAGAAGCUGCUCGUGCUGGGAAGCCUUGCGGUUGGGAGUCUGCUGUAUCUAGUCGCCAGAGUUGGGAGCUUGGAUAGGCUACAGCCCAUUUGCCCUAUCGAAGGCCGAUUCGGAGCCCGCAGCCAGGCCGAAUUCCCUCUCCGAGCCCUGCAGUUUAAGCGUGGCCUGCUGCACGAGUUCCGGAAGGGCAACGCUUCCAAGGAUCAGGUUCGCCUUCAUGACCUGGUCCAGCAGCUCCCCAAGGCCAUUAUCAUUGGGGUGAGGAAAGGAGGCACCAGGGCCCUGCUGGAGAUGCUGAACCUCCAUCCAGCUGUGGUCAAAGCCUCUCAAGAAAUCCACUUUUUUGACAACGAUGAGAAUUACGCCAAGGGCAUUGAGUGGUACAGGAAAAAGAUGCCUUUUUCCUACCCACAGCAAAUCACCAUUGAAAAGAGCCCGGCGUAUUUUAUCACGGAGGAGGUUCCGGAAAGGAUCUACAAAAUGAACUCAUCCAUCAAGUUGUUGAUCAUUGUCAGGGAGCCGACCACAAGAGCUAUUUCUGAUUACACUCAGGUGCUAGAGGGGAAGGAGAGGAAGAAUAAAACGUACUACAAGUUCGAGAAGCUGGCAAUAGACCCCAAUACCUGCGAAGUGAACACAAAGUACAAGGCCGUGAGAACGAGCAUCUACACCAAACACCUGGAACGGUGGUUAAAGUACUUUCCGAUUGAGCAAUUUCACAUCGUCGAUGGAGAUCGCCUCAUCACGGAACCUCUGCCAGAACUUCAGCUCGUGGAGAAGUUCCUAAACCUUCCCCCGAGGAUAAGUCAAUACAAUUUAUACUUUAACGCCACCAGAGGGUUUUACUGUUUGCGAUUUAACAUUAUCUUUAAUAAGUGCCUGGCGGGCAGCAAGGGGCGCAUUCAUCCAGAGGUGGACCCCUCUGUCAUUACCAAAUUGCGCAAAUUUUUUCACCCUUUCAAUCAAAAAUUUUACCAGAUCACUGGGAGGACAUUGAACUGGCCCUAAAAUAGUAAGUCCUAUAACACUAUGUGUUGUGGCUGGAGACACACAAUGUCUCCUCUAGAUUAAAAUAUGCACUUUUCUUAGACACAACUAUCCAAGUCGUUUUUUCCAUGUAUACUUGUACAUACACAGUGUGUGACCAAAUUUGAGAUCAAUUCUUUUUCUAUUGAAAAGUUACAAAAAUUAAUUUGCUGUCCGACUAGUUGCAUCUUUUAAGCUAUUUACAAAAAGAAAAGGUGGUGGUAUUGGGGGAAAGUGACUUCAGCUCUUCUCAAAAAGCUUAGUCUUCCUUUGAGUAAGAAUUUGUCGCCCGCCAUUUUCAUAGAGUUAAGCCAAAAGAUUAUGUGUGAAAACGUACCAAUGGCUGUGAAGCUUCGGGAAGUAGAGGACCCACUUAUGCAUUCUUUUCGAAGGGAAAGCUGGCUCUUUAGUUCAGCUACUGAAUCGGUGCCGUGAAAACAGAAAAUACUGUUUUCUUAUUAUUUGAAAGAAUGUCAUAUCUCAUAAAAUUGACAUUGUCCCAAAGUUCCUGUGGUGAUUUUGCACUAUUGUUUUCUCGUAUAGACCAUGGUGUCACUUGUAGCAUGUCAAUCACACUUUGGAAAGUUAAAGUCCUUUUACUUCCAUGUUCUAUGUCAACAAAGAGAAAUGUCAUGUACAUAAUGUAUAUUGUUGUAAAUACUGGUUUCACACUAAGUAAUUCUAUUUUGUAAACGAAUAUGGCUAUUUAAUUUAUUGUGAAAAUUAAAUUUAUCGUGGUAUUUAAAAAUGGAAUGGAUUAAAAUUACUCUAUGUGCAACCUUUUUUUUUUUUUUAACUCGUUUUGUUUUACACGCCCCCUGCUGGCUCCCCAAAUCGAAGCUGUUCCUGUGCGAAUGAGCACACUUGGAAAGAUAACGCUUCUCCGCUGGAUUUCUGUACCCUUGUGAAAAUGUUUUUAUGAAGUGAGGUUGAAUAUAUUUAAAAAAAAAAAAACUCAGCCAUCUGGAAAUCUAGUCAUAGAGCCACCUCAAAGAAUACUAGCUCUUCUGCUACAACUUUGUAACAAUUAAUUUACAUGCAAUUGCUGCUGUGUCAGGAGAGAGACAGAAAUAUUUGAACAUAAUCAAGGCAUAGAAGAAUCACAAUUUUAUUUGAACCUCUAAUCAGAGUCAGACCAGUGGAGAAAUUAAAUAAAAUAAGAUUAGGAAACUUGUGUGGCGUCUGUACUGAAAGCUGCUGAUGCUUCACAAAUGAAUACAAACUCUCAGAACUCCCUCUUUGAGAUGAAAAAAAAAAUAUAUCAGUCUGCUCAGAAAUGAUCAAAUACAUAGUGGUGCUGUUACUAACGUAAACAUAUGGCUUCUAUUCCCAUCCAGAGAAAUUAAUGCUAAAUUGGGUGUGUGCUAAUAUCAGAUAUUCUGUAUCAUGCUUAAAUAUAAUUCCGAAAAGCCUGGAAAGAGGUAUGUCAACAGCAACCCAAAGACGGAUUUUUUCCCAAUCAUGGCUACUUAUCCGGUAGAAGAUGUUUGAGUGUUUGAGGGAGUUUUGUUCAACAUCACCUUGAGUGUGCCUAGAGAAAUCAGCGAAUUACAAUGGGUUCCCUUUUGAUUGUAGUAAGUGUUGAUUUUCUCCAUGAGUUGUUUCUCCUGUCCAGUGACUUGAUGGUGAACUUUUCUAAAUAAAUAGCCCUUUCCCCCUCUGGUGUCGGUAUAUAUUGCUUCUCAGGCUACAGCCUUAGUGAUCAUCUUUCCCCGUUUCCAUUAGCCAUGAUGCCAUUCUCCCAGCAUGGAAUAGACGUGACACCAGCACAAGCUGACAGGCCAGCGUCUCCCUUACCAUGCAGCGACUCUGGAGAGAGGGUCUCGGGUCUAGGUGCCAAUCCCUUCUCCCUCAAGCCAUGAAUGAAAUCAAACAUAAUGAAUGUAGCAUUAGAUUUCCUUGUGCCUCAACUGUCAGCAAGCUCUGAAUACUACACUCGAGGUCGUAAUUACAUGCCAUCAUCAAUUCUAUUGGAACUCUUUCUAGCGCACUGCGUAGCUCGUACCAUUAUUAUAACAGUAACUGUGAAAUUAUGCCCCACUGGAACACAGGUGUUUCCUAAAGUCAGCCUGAGUAUUCCACCAAUAAAACUGAUAAAUGGCAGCCUUUUCCUAAGGCAACGAGAGAAAUUUUUCUAAAACAAUGAAUAGAAAUUUAUCAGUGAUCAUCUUUUAUGUUCUACAUUUUUUCUUAAAUUUUGCUGCAGUUUCCAACAAUGUGUCUCUCAGAGUUUAUUCAAAGAUUCUAUUUGACUUAUACUGACUUUUCUCAUUGGUUAUUUUUGGCCCAGGAAGCCAACAUUUCUUCAACACACUCAGGAAAAAAAGGGUCUGUGAUUUCCAAUAGUUCUGCUUCCUGAAUAAGUUUGAGAAUUGCUUUAAACCUUGGAGCCUCCCCACAGGGGCCUAAAUCAGAGGGCAUGGACUGGAAGGAUGUUUUGGAAACAGGUUUCACUGCACUGGAAAAAAAAAAAAAAAAAAAAAAACAGCCACAGUCACUGCUGACUGAGCAACAUAGAAGUAAAAAUCCUAUAACUUAGUAGCUGACUUCCACUGGAGGUUUUAAACCUCCUUGUUUAGAAAAAUGUUUCCUGUUGUCACCAAACAGGCAGCAGACCUCUAGAGAAAUGCUCAGCUCAUUACCUUAGCCCUACCAGGGCUCUCUUGAAUAAGUCAUUCCUUUUACAUCAUGAAAUCUCUGUGUUCCUCCUGGA